AUGUCAUCAAUUCACUUUAAACUUUGGGUUUUGGUUCUUGAAAACAGUUACCUACAAUAUACUUGGACAUUUCACGCAAAACAACAAAACUACUCUGAUUUAAGAGAAUUCUCUCCGAAAGAAGUUGAGGAUCUAUUGUUUGAAUACAGCAGAAAUAACCCUGAUAUCCAGGAGUGCGAAAUUCCAAAUAAACCAAAUACAAUAAUUAUUCAAAAGAAGCUUCAAGAACGUAGACGAAUACUUCUGAUUUUUGAUACUGGAGAGAAGAUGACAUCUGAAAUUUCUUCAAGUAGCAGCGUGGAAAAUGAUACUGGAAAGACAAUUGCGGUUGAAGAUGGGAUGAUUCAGUCACUGUCAGAUGAACAUAUGUCUAGUGAUUAUCCAAUUCCUGAACAACUAAUUUCAGAAAUAAAGAAAAGGACCAAUUUGAAAGAACAAAAUGAUGCAAAAAGCAAACCUAGCACAGAUGUCAAUUUAAGAUCCGACGUUGUUCGUGACAUUUGUGAACAUAUCGACAAUUAUCUCAUUGGUUAUGUUCCUAUCAACAAGAUAAUUUCAAUUGAGAUGUUUGAAGCAUCGAAUUUAAUGUAUUGUCACUUAUUUGAUUUUAAUGGUAAUAUGAAUAACAAGCCACCCCUCCGUCUUUACUCUAUCUAUCGUGAAGAUUACGACGAAUUAAGUGUCUAUUUUACUGUUACUAUUCCAUCUACAACGAGAUUAAUGAAAAUCGAGGUGGAAGAAGAUCUUAUUUUGCAAGUGGAUGAUGAUAUGAAACUCGUGGCGGUAAUAUUUUGUAACGCAAGUGAAAGAAUAGCGCGGGAGCUCUCAAAAGAAGACAGUGAUCGAAUUCGAGAGGAUAUUAAGUUGAGAUUCGAAAUUCUGAGGGCAUCAAUGAGAUCACGCAAAAAUCUUCUUAUACCAGAAUUAAUGUGA